CGAAAGCAAAGGGCGCGCCAGGAAAGGGACCCCCAAUAGAUGGAGAGACGCGUCGGGCGCGCAGCGUGGGGAGCCCGUGGGAAAGAUCGGGCGCGCGCGGCGUGCAGGGAGCGCGCGAGGGGGGCGGUCCCGGGGCCGGAGGCGCGCAAGGAGGAGGGAAGGAGGAGCCUUGGCGGCGCUGGGGGCUCCGGCGAAGAGGAGGAGGAGGAGGACGGCGGCGGCGGCUCCGAUCGCCUUUGGAUCUCUUUCUCGCCCUCGCUCUCCGUUCCGGCGGCUUUGCCUGUCGUGCACGGUCGCGCCUGGCGCUGCGCUGCCCCGGCCGGCGGGAUGGCCGCGCUCCUGCUGCCGCCGCCGCCUGCCCCGCCGCUCCUGCUGCUCCUCCCGCUGCUCUGCUUGCUGUGCUACGGCCCCGCCGGCAGCCUCGGCAACCGGCACGCGGUGCAUUGGAACAGCUCCAACCCGCACUUGCGCCGCGAGGGCUACACGGUCCAGGUGAACGUCAACGACUACCUGGACAUCUACUGCCCGCACUACAAUGCCUCUGUCCCCGAGGGGCGCAUGGAGCAGUACAUCCUCUACAUGGUGAACCACGAGGGCUACCGAACGUGCAACAUCAGCCAGGGCUUCAAGCGCUGGGAGUGCAACCGGCCCCACGCUCCCCACAGCCCCAUCAAGUUCUCGGAGAAGUUCCAGCGCUACAGCGCCUUCUCGCUGGGAUACGAGUUCCACGCUGGGCACGAGUAUUACUACAUCUCGACUCCGACGCACAACCACCGCCGGGCCUGCCUCCGAAUGAAGGUCUUUGUCUGCUGCGCCUCCCCGUCGCAUUCUGGGGAGAAAGCGGUUCCGACCCUCCCGCAGUUCACUAUAGGGCCCGAGGUGAAGAUCGAGGACUUGGAUAAUUUUAACCCCGAGAUGCCUAAGCUGGAGAAAAGCAUCAGCGGGACGAGUCCGAAGCGGGAACACUUACCCUUGGCGGUGGCUGCUGCCCUCUUCCUCAUGACCCUGCUGGCCUCCUAGCCGCCCGCGAGUCGCCGCAGGAGAGGGGCCCCGACUCAAGCUCACCGACCCAGCCUGUGCCAGUGGCCCUCCCCGGUUUGCUUCUGAGGACAAGAAAAACAGAGAAAACACCAGACCUUUUUAAAAUCUAUAUAUCAAAAGAAAUACAAUUCCAAAGGGAGGCAGCUUGAGGUGAUGCAGAGUGAGGAGGAAAGGCCCCAAGAUGGAGGACGACUGACCUUCCUGGCUGUGCUGCUCCUUCUUCCUGCUGCUGCUGCUCCUCCCC